AUGAGUGAGUUUGAAGAAGAACAAGAUGAAGGUCCAGCUCCAUCGCUUGCGCAAAUCAAGCACAUUAUCCUUAUUUUAUCUGGUAAAGGGGGUGUAGGAAAAAGUUCUGUAACUACCCAAACUGCACUAUCAUUAUGUGAGAUGGGAUACAAAGUCGGUGUACUGGAUAUCGAUCUAACAGGACCUUCUCUCCCUAGAAUGUUUGGUCUUGAAGAUAAAUCCAUUUACCAGGAUAGUAACGGGUGGAGACCAGUUGCUGUAGAAACAAAUAAUGAAGGUUCCUUAUGUGUCAUAUCUAUUGGGUUUCUUCUAGGUGGUAGAGGUAACAGUGUAGUUUGGAAAGGUCCAAAGAAGACUGCCAUGAUUAAACAAUUUGUUAAAGAUGUUGCGUGGGGAGAGCUGGAUUAUCUUUUGAUUGACACACCUCCUGGUACUUCAGAUGAGCAUAUAUCUAUUGCUGAACAACUAAGAUUUUCUGGUCCUGAUGGUGCUAUUGUAGUGACUACUCCUCAGGGUGUUGCUACGGCAGAUGUAAAGAAAGAACUGAAUUUCUGUAAGAAGAUCGACCUGAAGAUUAUUGGAAUUGUGGAGAACAUGUCUGGAUUUAUCUGUCCACAUUGUGCUGAGUGUACUAAUAUCUUUUCAAGUGGUGGUGGUAAGGCUCUUGCUGAUGAAUUUUCUGUCCCAUAUUUAGGGAAUAUUCCAAUUGAUCCACAAUUUGUUGACAUGAUAGAGAAUCAAAAGAAUACCGAAAAGACCCUCUCUGAGUCAUACAGUGAGUCAUCUAUACAUUCAAUAUUUCAUGAUGUAAUACAAAAGGUGUUAGAUCAAAAACAUCCAGCAAGAUUCUGA